GAGGCCGGUAUCGACCUGACGCCAGAAAUACCGCGCAGCAUCGACCGUCGUCGUUAUACCUGGUCUCGCCCUCCCCCGCCCGCACCCUCUUCCCUGCUGCUCUUCUCCGCCGUCCACCCCCGGAGGAUGCGACGGAGGGUGCCAUAUAGUCGAUGGUGGAGGGUUUGGGGGCUGACGCACGGCAUCACCACCGCCAAUCCCUGGGUCCUGGCGGUCGCGGCUGCGCCCUGCCGCGCCUUCCGCGGCGAAACCGCCACCGUCGCCACCGCCACCGCCGUCGUCGUCACGAUGAUGAGAGAGGGCGCCGCGGCGAUCCGGUGGCGGGGAGGACUUCGAGGGCAGACGUUCCAAAGCCACCCCGACGGAGAGACACGCCGAGACGCCCCUGCCACUGGGAGCCCUUCGGUCUUAACUCGGUUGUAAAUUCGAUUGAAAAGGUGGAGGGCCCGGGGACGCGAGGAGUCAAGGAGUCGGUGAACGACUCGAAGGACGA